AUGGAUCUGCUUCGAGUCGAGGAGGUGUCCUCGAAAUUACACCUGGUAUACCACCGUAACAAAAAUCAGCACGGCCGGUCGGCGUGGUGGAGAUGGCUCUCGAUGCUCCGACGGACACUACUAAAACUACUCUCAACCACCCAAUAUGAAGGGCAAGAGUGCAUCUCAGAAUAUUUGCAUGCUUACAUUAUUCCAAGGUGCUAUGUUGCGUUCUCUACUGUUGUUGCCGAUGGGCAGUUUUCUACACUUGGUUCAGUACUUAUGGCUGCUCUUGGUCAAAUAUGGAACGUCACGUCUUUGGGAGGGAAAUCUCGACAUUAUACGGUUAAGAAUAACUUGAAAACCACAGCAAACGAGGCGUACGCAGACGAUAUAGGAGUACGCAUCACUCGCCUGACCGAGAAGCCUGACAUGCUACAGCAGCCAAAAUCUAGCAAAAAGGAGGCUUUGUUCUUGUCUGGUCACCAGUCGACAGUUAGGUGCAAGAAAGCCAAAAAUAAGGAGAAGAAAAGCAAGGCUGCAAAUGCUAUCGAUGAUAUUUUCAACGCUAUUAAAUAA